AGAGGGUCAUAGAGUGGUCGUCAUCUCGCCGCUGCUGGUCGUCCGCGCGCCCCACAGCGCCGCUGCCUCUCUUCCACGAUUGCAUUUGCUGCCUGCUUGGCCUGCCAGGCCUGCUUCAUGGCCUCUCUGUAGCACAGCAACGAUGAUAGCGACGGCUACGAGUGCGGCAGCGGCUGUGGCAGCAGCGGUCAUGGCGGCGUUAGCAGACCCAGCGUGAGUGAGUCGAGAGAGAAAGAGAGCCAGCCAGCUGUGUCUCCUUACCGCUGCUACUGCUGCUGCUGCUCCUAGCGGGAGGGGGGAAUUGGCUGAGACACUCGUCGAGAUAUAGAGCGCGGCAGAGAUCGGUGGCGACCGGUAGAACCGCGAGAUCAGUCGUCUCGCGAACAGCGGCUGUGCCGGCAGCGGCAAAGCAGACCGGACCGUCGAUGCUAGUGCCAAUGUCAGCGCUAGCAUCCUAACCUGAGCUAGCUAUAACGUAAGCUAGUGUGGUAUGGCCUGGGUAUUUCCCCGCCUAUCUACUGUACAGAAAGAAAGUUUCGAGCUGCAAAUUGAGCCCAAACGCACCAAGUGAGUGGACAUCCUCAACAGGGAAAAAAAGUCGAGAAGGCUCAACUGGGUGUUUGUUGGCCAUAGACAAGCAAGCGGUGCACUUUUUCGCUGUUCGUGUUCAGUGGAUUGCUCUGGCGGUUUGAGCUGACGUAAUCGGAAGUCGUCGGAUCGACCGCGAUCGAAUCGAAAAGGAAAAAAGGAAGAGUCUAAGAAAUAAGUCUGUUCGCUGAAUAACUGCUAACAACGACAACAGCCCACGAAAUAGCUGAUACGGCGUUCUGCUAAUUUCUUAGCGCGCGAGUAAAAUGUCUAAUCCUGAUCUCAUUAACUGCUGUUAGCAAAGAAAGCAAGGAAAAUGAUUUCUUCGUAGAAAUUGCUGUAACUUGAAAUAGCAAUAACGGCUUAUAGUAGGUGACACAUCCUUCCACUCACUGUGAGCCUAUGGUACAUAGUAAAGGAUACCCCCUCAGUUAAAGAAAUCGCCGCUUAGUCGCACAAGUCUCCGUUCAUGCACCUUGACACUAGAGCUACAUUGUCCUGAAGUUUUUGAAAGACCCGCUCUUUCCGGAGUAUAGUGGCGGCGUUUCCACGUGUAUAUGUCCCACUUCGAUACUGUUUACCGCUAUAAUAGUGGGUAGCAGGAGCGACGGUGAUGAUAGCAAAAAACUGCCACGGAACAAAUAAAACAGAAUCGUAGUGUAUUCAGUGAAGUGUCUCGCGGAGGUGCCUGUCUCUGUAUGUUUGUACGAAUGUGUGUUGUGGAUGUGCGGGUGUACGCGCGUAUUUAUAUGUAAACAAAAAAGGAAAUUGUCCAGCUGUUGCUACCAGGUUGAAGGUUGGGAGUGAAUCGCUGGAAUCACAACUGGAAUAAUAACGAGUAUCAAUCCUGUGCAUAAUUCUAGCACUCUGUAGUUUUUACAUACAGUCGUCGCGAUAGCACAAAAAUCAAAAUAUAACAACGACAAAAAUCAAGCAGCAGCAGCAGCAGUAACUGCCGAAACAGGACAAACAGAAAAAAAGGCGCGUUCUGGCUAGUCAGUGCAAACUGUUUUCGUGCGCGGAAGACGACACGUUGCGCAAUUGAUGCUAGGGGGCAAACGCAGUGUUCGUAGUGGUGGCCCGGUCGCCUCGGCAAUAAAAUCUAGUCGACAGUGCGUCGCUAUGGAAUUGCGCGAAGUCGGCACCCACUAUUUACCUGGGGGGGCAAUCGUUCGACCAGCCACGAACCCCGCCGGCUCGUCGUGGAUGCACGCUAAUGCAAAUGAUGCAUCCACCCACGCGGAUGGCCAACAGAGGUGUGAAGCUCCCAGCAUCACUAUCCAAAGUGUUGGCGGGCCGAUCUACCACGGGACAGCUGCAUUCCGAUACGUGCUAAAGGACCACAAGAUUUUCGUGAAGCAGGCCGCAGCAGCGGCUGCGGCGACAGUUGCCAACGCACAGCAUUCCAGUCUUGGAGGCAGCAGUUCACGUGGCGGUCAGAGAACCCCACAGCAUCCGCAGCUACAACAACACCAUCCGAACCAGCAACAGCACGGAACGCACAAAGGCGCCAUCAAGCCAAGCAAAGGCCACGGUCGCGCUCGCUAUUUCGUCUAUCAUCGGAGUCCGGCUGGAAAUCGGGCGUCGUCCCGGCCAAAUAAGGGCAGUAGCGGUGGCGGUGGCGCGAACCCCAAUCCAAUAGCAACGCAACAACAGGCCGGACAGAUCGCGCUUGCCCAACUCAACCAACAACAACAACAACAACAACAACAACAACAGCAGCAACAACAACAACAGCAGCAACAGCAGCAACACCCAGCGGGCGUUGUCGCCGAGCCCGGAGCCGGACUCGUGGGCCGCGUAAGUCAGCUGUCGGUAUCUGCCGUGUCAAAUCUAACGCCACUGCUCGGGCUGGGCGCCCCGCCAGUUUCGGCUGAGCUUCCCCUUGUUGCGACUGACUCACCGCUAAACCAGCUGGCUUUACAGGGCCUCGCCAUGGGCCAGCGCGUCAGCACUGGGCUUAAAGUGGUGUCCGUUGGAGAAGAUAGCAAUGGCAAUCAGAGGGCCGUCGUCACACGGGAUCAACAGAAUUGUAGAGAUCUUCAGCGACCAGCGCGGUUAGGCAUGCUUCUUGAUACGCCAGCUGCCUCACUCGAAACACAGUUACGUCACAGUUGGAACCCUGACGAUCGAUCGCUUAAUAUAUUUGUCAAGGAAGAUGACAGACUGACGUUUCACAGGCAUCCCGUGGCCCAGAGCACGGACUGCAUCCGCGGGCGGGUGGGUUACACUCGAGGGAUGCAUAUGUGGGAACUAAAAUGGUCAACUCGGCAACGGGGCACGCAUGCCGUAGUUGGUGUGGCUACAAGAGAUGCUCCUUUGCAUUCAGUGGGGUAUCAAAGUCUUGUUGGCAGUAACGGAGAAUCAUGGGGCUGGGAUCUUGGACGAAAUCGACUUUACCAUGAUGUGAAGAACAACUUGCCAGCGACAUACCCAGUUCUGGCCCAGGGCUCAUCCGACGAAGUGUUUCCUGUACCGGACGUGUUCCAAGUUGUCCUUGACAUGGACGAGGGGACGCUGGGUUUUGUUGUCAAUGGACAAUACCUUGGAGUAGCUUUCCGAGGACUAAAAGGCAAAAAAUUGUAUCCUAUUGUGAGCGCGGUGUGGGGUCACUGCGAAAUCACGAUUAAGUACAUCGGCGGACUUGAUCCCGAACCUCUUCCGUUGAAGGACAUCUGCCGGCGAGUGAUUCGGCAACAGUUGGGCAAGCAUCGAUUGAAUAGGGCAUCUGAACUUAAUCUGCCCGCCGCCCUGAAAAGCUAUGUUCUCUACCAAGAUCGCAGUUAACAUUCUGUUUACGUCUGGACUGCUGGCCAAACAGCGUAAACGCAUGCAUCGGGUUCGAGGGAAGACCACCAAAGACGUGUGUGACAGACAGAUGUGCGACAAGAGACAGAUGCGAUCAGGACAACCCCAGAGACAAAAAAAUUACCUAGUUAGCCUUUUGCUUGGCACCAUACAGUAGUCGCAAGAUCUCCCAUGUAUACCUGUACGACCAGGACAACAUUUAUAUAAAGUAUAUAGAGACACCUACGCAUCCACUUCGUCAUAUGUAGAUAUGUUUAUGAAUUAUAGGACAAAUAAAUGGAAUAUACAAGCUCUCACAAAAAGGAGGACAAGAAAAAUUGGUGCACACACAACACACCCGCUGCAUUAUUUCUAUGGAGGUCACUUGGUUCAGGAUUUCCCUAGGUAAGUCCUACCUAGACUGACUUACACGCCCGAAACUCUGCCUGGUCUCCGUGACCCCUAACGCCUUGGGUAUGGAACGGCCUCCACCCAAAAAUGUAGACGGCCGUACUAUUAUUAUUAACUAAGUGAAGGAAAUCAACGAUCGUCACACACAUAGAAGCGAGCCUGCCCUGGUUUGGCUUUAUUAAGGUGUUUGGGCAGCAGCUUCUGGCUAGUUCGAUGGCCCGAAUACGCCCGAACCCUGAUUGGAUGGGCUGGCCGCAGGGACUGAGCGAUACGACAAAAUCCAGCAACGAAGUUGUAGAACAAAUAAAUUCAUUGUGUGGACAUAAUUGGGUCUCACUGGAAUGUGUGGGUGGCCAUCAUUCAGGAAAUUGCUGUUUAACAUAUAAGCGAAGCGGACAGCAUGGACGCCAAUUUACCCACUCUUUCCCUUCUUAUCCGCCAGGCUCGGAGCCCUUUGAUGACCGCUAAAUUUGUCCUUUUUUUUGUUAUACAGAACAAUGAUGGAGUUUCAGCCAGAAAAUCUGACCUCACCUAUAUAGCAUAAUUUUUUCCUUGGUACAUUUUUCCCUGCGGGGCUAUUUCUUGUGCAUUCGUACACACAUUUGUCUCCUUACCACGUACGUGGGAACGCUUACGCCGUCGUGGCUGAGAUGCCGUUCUGCGGCUGUACAUUAUAAUUUGUUGCUCUUGUGUAUUAUUGUCUGCUAUUGUAGCAGCCUGUAUCUUUUUGACGCUUGUUUUUCAUUAGCUUUUUUGGCAACUGUUAACAGCCUUAGCUUUCCGCAACGGUUGUUUGUGUACUCGUAUAGAAUAUGUAAGAGAGAAGUCAAGUCAUCUCAGACGAGAAAAUCAACACGUGAUUCGUUUAUAGUAAACAAAAGAAGAAAUACAACGCAUUUUCUGCCCGAUUCUCGUCUGGCUUCUGCCGUGGCAUCCAAUCGACACACCGAUGGCUACGACCACUGAUCGAAUCCUAAGUACUGUCGUCGCUAUAGCGACACCCUUGGAGAUUUCGCGGGUUGUCUCUAUUUGAAUGAGUCUCUAAGCAAAGCUUUUUUUAGCAAUUUUUUCAUAGUUGUACAGAUAAAAUCUCGGUAUCUUCCAAUAACUCGCUUUUAGGUGCGCGCUUUCAGCGGUACCCGACCUCCUAUGGAACCUAUCUUUCCGUUCGGCGGGUCCCUCCAUGUGAUUCAUGUGUUGCAACUUAAUUUUUAGUGCAUCAUCUUACAUUCUCACCAUACUAGUUAUUAUUAUAUGCUAGUUUUUAAUUUUUAUCGGCUAGCCAAUAUGAA